AUGGAGCUCUCCCGGGACUGUAAGGUGGAGGUGCAGAGGAUUCUCCACCAGAGGGCGCUGGAUGUGAAGCUCGACCCCGAGCUGCAGAAACGAUGCAUGACGGACCUGGGGAAGUGGUGCAGCGAGAAAACCGAGGCCGGCCAGGAACUGGAGUGUCUGCAGGACCAUCUGGAGGAUCUGGUCCCCGACUGCAGAGAAGUGGUGUCAAACAUGACGGAGCUGGAAUCAGAGGUUCUCUUCACCUUCUUCCAUUCGCACAGUGAUAUCCAGAUCGAGGCCCUGCUGAUGAGAGCCUGUGAACCCGUCAUUCAGUCCUACUGUCACGAGGUCGCCGACAACCAGAUCGACUCCGGUGAUCUGAUGGAAUGGAGGCCAUGGAGGUCGACUCCCCGGUGGAGCUGCAGGCAGGAGGUGGGGAGCAGCCCGAGGUCGCUGCUGAAGCUGCUGGUCCAGCUGAGGAAGCUGCUGCUCCUGUCCUCAUCUCAGACUCUGGCAGCAGCACGGAGGUGGACGAGGAUGAAGACGGUGAUGAAGGGCGGACAGCAGCUCGGACCCUUCUCAGGCUCCCUGCCACCUGGGCGUUCAGUCAGAGAGUGGCGAGUGGAGCUGCACCUUCCAGGACUCCAGAGACACCGAUCAGAAGACGACUCAGGCAGGGACUCAGGGUGCACUAUCCCAGCCAGACUGCAGCACCUUCCAGAACCUUCCCGGACUUCCUACUCCGAGCCCCAGCAGCCAGUGUCUCUCAGCCCCAGUCUGGCAGCACCACAGAAGCCAGUGAGUCUGACGAUGAGGAGGACGGAGCUGCUGCUGCUGCUGCAGAGCCCACUGAGCCUGCACCACGCAGUGCAGUCGCCCAGCAGUCCCAGCAACAGGAAACACAGAAUUCUGGCUCCGCUGCACAAAGCGACCGGACUGAAGCUGAAAGACCAGACACCCAGGCAGCUCCAGCUUCCGUCCAGUCGUCCAACAGUGAGGACACUGAAGGGGACAACUGCACUAUUUGUUUGGAGGCGUGGACAACAGCAGGCGAUCACAGGUUGUCUGCGCUGCGCUGCGGACAUCUGUUCGGCUACACCUGCAUCCGUCAGUGGGUCAAAACUCAGGGCUCGGCUGCUAGAUGUCCACAGGUGA